AUGUUCAUCCAGCCAGUGCAUUGGUUCUUCGUGAGGCGUGAACUUGUGUCCGUUGCUAACGGCCAAGACAAGAGUGUGUGUAUCAUUCGCGUUAUGGCCCCUUUUCUACCGGACUCUCCAAGAGCGGCGCACGUGUUCAAGAGCUUCUUUUGCUUUUGUGCAACCUCCAGUUGGCCCAAUUCAUCAGCAUUCUUGCCUUUUUACCAGCCUCACCUCAAAAGAGGCUUCCAGCCACUGUUUCUCGGGCUCAAGAGACUACGAGCUGCCGACCAGGCAGAGAUCACCGCCACCGGUUACGCCGUCUGGACAGGGGGCUGUAGUUUUCGGUUGCCAUGGCAAAAUUUUCGAAUAAAAAAUGACAACCACACCUCGCCGGGGUUGUUACGACGAAGCAUAAUGAGAAGAACAAAGCAGAAGACACUUGGUUACUUCGUCGUCGAUUCCGCCCUCUUCUGA